CUCUCUCUCUCUCUCUCUCUCUCUCUCUCUCUCCCUCUAUCUCUUUCUCUUUAACACCGACUCUUGAUUCCGUUCUUCGUGAUGUGACGCGUUGAUGGUCUACGCGCUGCAUCCAGCAACGACGGCAGUGCUCGAUCCGGACUGAAACCACCACCGUCACCGGUGGUGGUCCACCACGAGAGAUACUAAUCCCGAGCAGCGUCCUCGAACGGAGGGUCCUUCGGAACUUUAUGUGCGUCAGUGCGCGAUUAAGAAUCGCGAGGGAAAUUGUGCUGGACGACGUCGUGGUCGAUACGUCGAGGUCGACGACGAUGAUAUAAAUUCCAGCACGCGAACGACUCGCUCGAAAGCUUUGUUCUGAUGAGAGAGAAGAUGGUAUAUUCGAGGAAAUCCGCGUGGAGGAUAUCGCGUCGGUGAUUUCGAUCGGCAGCGAGAAUCAACUCUCCGAAGAUCGUCGGAGAAAUCUGCAGUCAGGGAGCAUGAGAAUGCUAUGGUAAAGGUAAUUCUCGGCAGGAGGGGCAAAUGGAGAUAAGAGGAGAGAAAGCGGAGGUAUUUUGACAGCCUCGGCACUUGUCCCGGGAAUGCCUCGAAUGCCUGUGCCGGUACUCCUCGGUAGCUGGGGCUGGGGAUUUUUCGCCAUAUUCCUCCUGCUUCUGGCCACCCCCAGUCCCGCUGCCAUUCGCAGAGCGGACCGAGGCCACUGCAACAAGACAGUGGACAUUUACGAAGAUGUGUCGAGCCCGGCGGUGACCCCAGAUAAUUGGGGUAAGCCCCUCUCGUGCUGGUACCGUUUCCGUGCCUUUCGCGGAACGCCCCGGGACUGGAUUCUACGGGUGCGCUUCAAGAAGUUUAAGGUCGGAGUGUUGGAGAACGCCACCACCUGCAGCGGCGGUUAUCUGCAGAUUGUAGACGGCAAUACGAAGACCGAGGUGAGCAAUCGCAAAGACCCGGGCGUCUAUUGCGGCGAGUCCGAGCAGCCGCAGACCUUCAUCAGCGAGACCAGCUUCGUGCGAGUGCUCUUUCACGCGGACAACUUCACCGAUCAGACGUACUUCAGCUUCGAUUCGCGCGCCGAGCCGCAGUUCGAGGUCUACCUCAGAUACGGCCAGCACCCGGAGCUCUAUCCGAAUCGGCGCGGUGAGGUCGUGCCCGGUAGCUACUGCGAGCGCGUUUUCAAGGACUGCCGAUUGCAGACGUGCUACGUGCAGAGCCCGGCUUACCCGGGUAUCUAUCCGCGCGCGUUGCACUGCAAGUAUCGCCUGAACACCCGGCUACCAUUCAUCAAACUCUACAUCGAGAACGAGGAGUUCAAUAUCGACGGUCAGCGAUGCGAGAACAUCAUGACGUGCCCGAUGCGGCCGAUCAGCUCCGGCUCGGAGCACUGCCCGUACGAUUACAUACGCGUGUACGACGGCAAGAACGAGAGCAGCCCAGUGAUCGGCACGUUCUGCGGUAUGGGCAAGUUCCCGUACAGCAUCAUCGGCACCAGCGAGGAUCUUUACGUGGAGUUCGUGUCGUCGCCGGCCGGCCCGUUGCUCAAUACGGGCUUUCACUUCAACGUGGGAAAUUGGCCCGGCCACGUGGAGACCGCCGGCGUGAAGAACGGCAGCUGUGACUGGCUGCUGAACAGCGAGUCUCUCGUGAGCGGCAACGAGGGUAUCUUCCUGUCGGUCGCGCACUGGUACCCGCCGCACACUAGCUGCACGUAUUUAUUGCGCGGCCGACCGGGCGAGAUCGCGCGUCUCUACUUCCCCAGCUUUCGAGUGAAUCGUAUCGAGUCGCCCAUCCAACCGUACGAAGGCGACUGCGGCGAGAGUCUGACGCUCUACGACGCCGACUGGCCGGACGACGCGCGGAUUAUCAAAACCUUCUGCGACACGUUUAGCAAGCCGAUGGAGAAGCACGACUUCGUGUCGACGUCGAACGCGCUGUUCGUGCGAUUCGAGAGUAAGACCGGCAGUUACUCCGGCAGCUCGCUCUACUACUGGGCCCACUACGACUUCUUCAACGCGACGAGGUUCGGCGAGCCCACACCCGGUACCGAAUGUGACGAGGUCUUCGCCUCGUGGAAGACGCGCUCGGGCCGGCUGCGCUCGCCGCUCAACACUCUAGUUUACAAGCGACCCAACGAUCCGCCCGCCGAUCUGUCUUGCACCUACAGCUUCAUCACGGACAAGCGACUCUUCGCGCGCGUGAUCCUGGUGGUGGAGUCGAUCAACUUCAAGGAGCAUCCGUACGCUCAGUGCGGCCACUGCUGGGACAGCCGAGUGGAUCGAGUGAUCAUCCGAGAACCCAGUCCGGAUGGUAUCAAGGGCCACUGUCUCUGCCGGUCCAACAACAACGGCAUUCCACCGUCCAGCGCCACGAGCUCGCCAACGACGGUGUCGCGGCUGCCCGUCCUCAGGGUCGUCUCUCGGGGCGAAAGGUUGGAUCUGAAGUUGCUGGUGGACGGCGCGCACGCGGCCUCGAGCUACUUCAAGUGGCCCGCGCCGCUCUUCGAGGCGAGAUACGAGUUCGCGCACAGUCCCUUGUGCGGGCCGGCGCUUCUGCCGGCCGCCACCGACGGUGAGAUCGAGUUUCCGCAUUACGAGGCGCUGGGAUACGUCACGCCGCCAAGAACUAUCAAGUGCAUCUGGGAGCUGCGGGUGAAUCGCGAGCGCGAUCUCUGGCUGCACUUUGAUAAGAUCAAGUUCGCGUCGCGCUCCUGCGAGGACGGCAAGCUCGAGAUCUUCCUGCCGGGCAAUGCCGACCCGUAUCUCGGCAUCUGCGGCGAGAAUGUCAGCUACGUGAGGGAGAUGCCGAUCAUCUCGGCGGCGCACAUCACGCCGCCGGUCGAUCAUCCGGCGCCGGGUGUGAUCGGCGAUAUCGUCAGCGAGGAGGUGCCCGCCGUGAUCAUUCAGUUCACCGGAUCGAUGGCGCCGGCCAGGGCGGCCUUCAAGAUCGCCUGGACCGAGCUCUUCCAUCUACCGAGGGACGGAUCCGGGGCGCUCAACACCGGCAAGUUGGAGGACUGCGGUUUCCAAUGUCCCGGCGACACGGGCUGCAUCCCGGCGAGAUUGGUGUGUAACGGCGUGGUGAACUGCCCCAGUCGCGGCUUGCCCCUGCCCGGUAUCCUGAACGGCACCUUCUACGAGCCGGACGACGAGUCCGUGGAGACGUGCGGCGGUCCCGUUAACGGUAACGGCGGCGGUUUCGUCGGGCCCGCCGGCUGGGCCGGCGCCGGCCUGGGCGCCGGUCUCGCCAUUCUCCUGGGUCUAGCGUGUUUCAUCGCCAUGUGCAGACUUUGCAGAAGACGAUCGCGCUCCAGGGACAUACACGUGCCCUACUAGGGGACGCGGUCGUGCCUCUGUGGGUACCUGCACGCGACCCCCGAAAAACACAGAAGCGAACUCGCAGCCGUUCUCCGAGGAAUCAAGAUUCUCUCCUUGUAUCCGUACGCUUGUAUGUGUCCGCGUAGAUAUUUAAACAAAAAAAAAUUUGUAUUCCUGGAGGGACGACUUCGAGUCCAACGACGGAGACGUCUGUAUGGCGGCUAUUAAUUUCUUGAAACGUCACUCAGAACGUCCUCGAGCCGGCUGCGUCAACGUCGCCCGUCGCUAAUUUCGGUUAAAUAAAUUUCCUUUCUCUAACUAUAUCAUAGGUAAGAUUAUAAUUAAGAGAGGAGUAGAGCGAAUCCGCCAAAGCAAGCUUAUUUAACCCGUCGGGAUCGUUGACGCAAUCGAUCUCCAGACUUCUGUGUUGUUUGGGGGGAACGACAGAGAGAGACGAUCAGAAGUACUCGUCGAGAGAUGGAAGAAGUGUUUUUUCAUGCUGCUCCAAGCGACAGAUCCGACAUCGCGCUUACAAGUAUUCUCCAUGUGAUGCUUCCGGGUUUAAUGAACGUCGAGUUUGCUCACUAAUUACGAAAGGUUGGCUCCUUACUAUUCUAUCGCGGUGUUCACGUACUACUACUGUCUGUCAACGCCGAUCGCCCAUCCCACGUUCGUCCUUUCUAUUUAUAUUCUCACGGAAUGCAUCGGUCCAUCAUUCUUCCCUCAUAGCGAUGAUGAAGUUCUCGAAACUAUAUUUGCCACUGCCGCGUUGUACUCGUAUUGCUAUCGCGUCUUCUAUACACACACACACACACACACUGCCAUAGACAUAGAAGUCUUCAUAGAUCCUCAUCUCGAUCGUUCUCAUAUGUUGUUCGCGAGAAAGAUCGUAAAUACGUGGCGAUCAAGUUAUUUCCGCCGCUGAUUAUACGGGCGGCGAUUUCAUUUCUAGCGACAGCAAGACAUCUACUAGAUAGCUUCAGCGACACGCUGGGAAGCAUUUCUGUAUUAUUAUCUCGUUAUCUCCAUCUAAUUAUAGAACCUUGUGGACACUCAGCAUCGAAGUCCGACAAUAAUGAAUUCGAAAUGUCAGAAAA